AUUUUGUUCUGGACAAGUGGCACUUUAUGAAGCGAAGGUUGAAAAAUCGUUGUUAUGUACCAAUCUUAAAGAAGACCUGGAUCUGCUUGCUUCGCUCGACGUCGAGCCAGUGAUCGAGUGUAAUAAGCAACCAUCCACAUUGGGUGCUUUUGUACUUGGGGAGUACGUCAUGACUCCAGAUGUACGCCCCAGUGACCGCCGUCCAAUAUCCGAAUUUGUGAUGAAACCACUGGGAUCGAUAUGGAACAUGUUCUUAGAUGAGAUUGAUGAGUCCACCAUGAAGCUCUUAGACGCGAACUAUCAGGUUCCGUCCGAAGAUAUGGAUUUUUAUCGGGAACUGCUCAAAACGUGCUCAAACGAACAUGUGGAUCUGAAGAUUGGUAAUAAUCGAAUGCAUUGCCCAAGCUCUUUGGAGAUGCUCCCUUUGCUCAAAUUUGCUAAGGCCCACAGCGAACUGUUACUCCAAAAGCCUCUGAUCAAACACAAAGCUCCCUUGGUGAACAAAUGGCUUCCUGUGGACAAACAGAGAAAUCAGUGA